CAGCAGCAGACACGGUCACCUUCUCUCAAGCAGCAGCAACCGCCUGCCCACGUUGGACCGUAUCUGCUUCUCGCUACGCACGUACUGCAACCGAGCGUCGUGCAAGGUUCGUGACCAGGGACGCGUGGAGUGGCAAAGCUGGAGCUGUCCGCGAGCAAGCCCACACGGCAGUAAACGGAGAUCUUACAUCAUCGACUUGGGUGGAGGUUAGCAGAGCGGACACACCCUCCACAGCAGCAGCAGCUAUGCCGCGAUCACAGCGAAACCAGAAGGUUUCCCUGACGAAAACUUCCAAGAAGGGCCGGGAGCUGAAGCAGGGUAUCGUUAGCGAGGUGCGGAAAUGCGUCGACGAGUACCCCAGCGUUUACGUGUUCUCGUUUGUGAACUUGAGGAGCAAGCUCUUGAAGGAGGUCAGGCUAGACUUCAGGGAGGACAGCCGAUUCUUCAUGGGCAAGAACAAGGUCAUGAUACUGGCGCUGGGGAAGUCGGAGCAGGACGAGUACCAGGACAACUUGAGACAAGUCAGCAAGCGGUUGAAAGGACAGGUGGGGCUGCUCUUCACAAGAAGGCCAGCGGAGGAGGUCAAGACCUACUUCAAAGCCCUCGCGGUCGCUGACCACGCGCCGCCCGGGUUCGUUCACGACGAGACCAUCCCGCUCCCAACGGGAUCGCUAGGAGAUUGGCCUGUGUCUAUGAUGGAGCAAUUCCGAAAGCUUGGGGUGGUGGUGGAGGUGGAGGAGGGGGUGCUGGUGAACCGCAAGGCGAUAAACAUGUGCACCGCGGGAGAGCCCAUCUCGCCCGAGGGGGCCAAGCUCUUGGCCUUGUACGACAAGAAGAUCGCCACGUUUACGAUGUCGCUCUUGUGCCGGUGGAGCGAGGGGGAGUUUGAGGCGUUGGCGGAGGGAACGGACGACGCUAUGGUCACCGAGUAG